AUGCUGCUCGAUGAAGAUCCCGCAACUCUUAUUCAGCAUACCGUUGGAAAUUUUAAUAUCCAGCCAGAUAAACUCGCCAUUUCCCGCAUUCACGAGUCCCUUUCAACUCUUCAGCAAGCGCGAGACCUCCGCAUUCGGGAAUCUCAAAGUGCAUUAAACAAGCUCAGCCGUACUCUCACGACCCUCAAAAAUAAUUACUCUGAAACCGUUUCGUCCCAUUCCGUCGCUGCCCAUGCUUCUGAGAUUGCAGCGCUAGACAGCCAGAAGUUCAGGUGUGCCAAGGCAGCCAGUGACUUAGAAAUUGAAUGCGAGAGACUUACUUCACAGUUGACCGAUCAGCAAAUACGACUACAGGAUUUAGAACGUCAAGGUGUAGAGGGAGAGCAUAUACGGAGAGAUCUAAUUCAAGAUGAAAUUACCUUGAAACUCAAGGUAUAUCGCGGACUAGGUAUUGAAAUAGACCACGACUCCGACAGUGGUCACAUUAAGGCAGUAAUACGAAAUGUAAGGAAAGGCGAUGUACAUAUAGUUAACUUGGACCAAAAGUUUUCGAGGUUCUUCUACGCAAACCUUCUGUGGCAGUCAAUUUAA